UUGUAUUGAAUUUGAUUAUUACUUGUUCAGUAAAAAUUAGUACUUUGUCCUAAGAAAAUGAGUGAUAUUGAGAGGAAAAAACCUUUCUCGUCACUAGAAAAGGAUUUAUUUUUAAAUAUCAUUCAAAAAUAUGAUGAGAUAUUGUCGUGCAAAAAAACUAACGCAGUCAGUGCUCUUAAAAAGAAGAAUUGCUGGGAGAAUAUAAGGAAUGAAUUUAAUUCAUCUCCAAUCGUCACUCAAAAAGCAGCCACGAAACAACUUCUUAAGCUGUGGUAUAAUAUGAAAGCCAAGGCUAGAGAAGCUAAAACCAAAGAAAACGUAAGGUUCAUGACUGGUGGAGGCCCAUUAGUGGAUGAUAUGAAUCCCAUAGAUGCAAAAGUCAUGGAUAUUGAUAAGAAUAUUUUGACGAAUGUACAAGUGGAUGUGGACAGUGACAUAAAUGGUUCAUUGGUGAAACUUGGGGAUGAAAACGAUGAGGCAUGGAGCAAGAACACCAAUUGUUAUGCGGACAUUCCCGAUUUACCUGAUAAAACAAUAGAAAUGACCUUAAAAGAAAGUACAUCUACACCGAGUACAUCUACACAGUGCAUAUCAGAGGAAAAUUUAAAAAAACAUAGUGAACUCUUCACAAUGAAAACCCCAUUGAAAAAAAGUAGUUUUGGGGAGAAAUAUAUAAAUAAAAUUGAUUUAUUAAAAAUAAAAUUAUUAGAAGAGCAAUUACAACACCAGCAAGAAAUGCACAAAGAAGAUUUAAAAAUAAAAAUAAUGGAAAGGGAACAUAAGGAAAAAAUUUGGGCUAUAGAAUUAAAAAUUAAAGAGAGACAAUUGUUAGAAUAAGGCUUUAAUAAAAAAUUAAGUACA